AUGGCGGAAAACUCUCCCAACCCUGUCCCCUUUUCGGAGCCUCCGUAUCUACGAGGCCUUCCAUCUCCGUACAUCACCCCUGCCCACCGUGAAUUCCAGAAGCGAUGCCGCAAGUUCAUGUGGGAGAACCUGAUUCAACAUGCCAUGGAAUGGGAGAAACUCGGGACUGUACCAGAGCAUGUUUUCCGCACUUUCUGCAAGUACAACAUGCUGUUGCCAAAUAUGCCUGCCCCACUACCCGUCGAAUGGCUCAAAAGACUGGACAUUCACGAUAUUCUGGGAGUCAAAGUAGAGGACUGGGACUACAUUUAUACCGGAAUCUACUGUGAUGAGCUGAAUCGCUCCGGCUUGAGUGGCCCUGGUGGAUCUUUGAAUGCCGGCUUCGCCUUUGGAAUUCCCCCCAUCGUCAAAUUCGGAAGCAAAGAACUUCAAGAAAGAUUUCUCCCGGAUCUUCUGACGGGUCGGAAGCGCGCCUGUAUUGCAAUCACCGAGCCGGAAGCUGGCAGUGAUGUUGCGAACAUUGUCACCACGGCCACCAAGAGCGCAGAUGGAAGGCACUACAUUAUCAACGGAACGAAGAAAUGGAUCACCAACGGUAUCUGGUCCGAUUAUGCCACCAUGGCUGUGCGAACGGGCGGCCCCGGGCCCUCCGGGCUUUCGGUGUUAGUUGUGCCCUUGAAGAAUCACCCCGGUGUCACGAUGCGACGACUCAAGGUUGCCGGUCAAAUCACCGGUGGCACCACUUAUAUUGAACUCGACGAUGUCCAAGUGCCCGUUUCUAACCUCAUCGGCAAAGAGGGUGAGGGUAUGCGCCUCAUCAUGACUAACUUCAACCACGAGCGUCUCGUGAUUGCUAUCGGUGUGACUCGUGCUGCGCGGGUUGCUCUUUCAGCUGCAUUCUCCUAUUGCCUCAAGCGAGAGGCAUUUGGCAAGACCCUGAUGGAUCAGCCUGUUGUGCGACACCGCUUGGCAAAGGCGGGUGCGGAGCUCGAGACGAUGUCUGCCUGGGUUGAACAGAUUCUAUAUCAGCUCUGCCAUCUCAGUAAAGAAGAAGGUGACCUGCAGCUAGGGGGUCUGACUGCCAUGGCCAAGGCCAAGUCGGCGAUGGUCUUGAACGAAUGCGCCCAAGUGGCUGUGCUUCUCUUUGGCGGUAGUGGCUUCACGCAGACGGGCCAGGGUGAGCUGGUGGAGGCAAUUUUGCGGGAUGUUCCAGGUGCCCGUAUCCCCGGUGGCUCCGAGGAUGUCUUGCUUGAUUUGUCGGUGCGCCAACUGGUCAAGAUCUACCAAGCACAAGAGAAGAAGCUGUCCCAAACCUCGAAAAUUUGA